GUCAGUCUCUGCAACUUACUUGCCUGCAAGCACCUUAUCAUGGUGACUAUAGCAUCUCCCCAGUCAAACGAAGCAGAGCAAAAGAAACGAAAACAAACUUUGGAGCGGGCAAAAGCAAGUCACCUCUCGAAACAGUUACAGAUGCGCCUGCAGUAUGCAAAGCUCAAGGUUGAGCACGGAUGGCAACGCCAAAACUUGAACGAGGUUGAGAACCUGUAUUUCCAUCAUUCGCAGGUACGCGGGCUGCGUCCUGUCGUACCUGCAAAAACUGUUCCUCUGCUGUCUACGAAUCCACUUCCUCCCACCGCACCCGUUCCAGAACCUCCCGAACCCGUAGCGGUCGAUGAGGUAUCACAGCAGGUCAUCAAUAGCCAAGCACCUCCCAUAGAUACUUCCCGAGGGCACACGUCUCCGCAUAAUUCCCCUGUUAAAUUAACAUCGACUCACGUGCAAAGCUCGUUCACCGACACCACCUCAAAAUCUUCAUUACACACACUACAGACCCUCCCCGAGAAGGCGCCUUCUCAGGAACCGUCUCAACCUGCUCCCGCCCCUGUUCACCUCAGUACACAAUCAGCCACUGUUCUCCAGGAACUUCCAAACUCAGAGACAGUAGCCCCUCCGUACAACUCCCUCGAUUUUAGCGACCCAGCAGCUAUGGCUCCGUCACACAGCCAAAUACCAACACAGAUUCAAACGCACACACAAUCCCAGCCAUAUAACCCCUACAUGCCCCUCAAUCGACAGUCCUCCCAGCCUCAACCCAACCCCUUCAUGCCCCAACCCCUUCCUCAGUAUUCCUUCACCCAAUCCUACCACGCAACCUCGCUCCAAAAUCAGUCCAACCCACAAACAUCUCAUUCGCAGCCUAGUGCUAACUUGCAAUCCUCGUUUGGGAAUGGGAAUGGGAGCGGCCCGUUGACAUAUGACAGCUUCUGGUCUACACAUGCCAGCGCAGGAUCACUUUACCGCACUCACGGAGGUUUCACAGCGAGCGCCACACCAACUGGCCACGUCGCGAUGAUCACCCCUGGCGGGCAUGCGGCUGUGAUGACGGCUGAGGGGGUGUAUGUCGGUACUGCGGGGUACACGGGCCGCGUCAGCGGGUAGAGAUCACAAUGCUUGCUUGCUAUGUUGCUUAUUCUUUGGCGUUGCUGGGUUGUGCACGUUUCUAAGAACUACUCUGGAUUGCUUCAUGAUGUUACGAUAUAUUCAUACUUACCUCUCCAUUCUGCUCCUAAUGACCUUUGCAUGCUGGUGGUUGAUAUUACUGCAGAGCCCUGGGCUGCUAUGGCGUGUGGCUGCUGACAGGGACAGCAAAAAUGGUUUGAAUCUGGUAUACGGAUGAAUGACUAUAGUACUCUACUUCUACUAACUAGCACAUUAAAAGCAGCACA